GGCCAGAGCACACUCUAACUGAAAUGGACCGCUGGAGGGACUCGGGGUUGCAGACAGUGAUGGCUGUGCCUGCAUAAGGUGCUGUGAGUUUCUCUGCUGCUGCGCGCACGAGUGGAGGUAGCUGAAGGUACAGGCUGGGUAGUCCCAUCCAGUCCCUGAGAGACAGAGCUCAAUGCCAAGGCACAUCCUGCCCUCUCUCUGCUGAAGGUCGUGAGGACGUUGGACCCCGUGGGACGGAGCGAUGAGCAACAGUGGCGCCAGAGAGGGACUGGCUCGGCAGGGCACCGCAGCGCCCCCUGCUGAGCCCGAGAGGAGAGGCAGGGGCAGGCCCAGGAAGCAACCUCAGGAGCCGGCUGGCCCCCCCACCCCGAAGAGACCUCGCGGGAGACCCCGUGGCAGCAAAAACAAAGGGCCCCGCGCCACCCCAAAGAAAGCUGAACCUACUGGAGAGAAGAGACCAAGAGGCCGGCCGAGGAAGUGGCCCCAGAAAGUUGUUGAAGAAGAAGCACCCCAGGUAAGUGACCCUGCCUCCUCCAUUCAUUUUGUGCUGUCUGAACUGACACAAGCAAGCGGGCGGGCUCAGAAAGCCAGGCAGCACUAG